AUGUCGGGCACUCAACCUGUGGCGGUCUACGCCAUGAAAGUCCCUCCUGGUGACAUUAUGGUCCCCGCUGUCCCUGAGUUCGCUGCUAUGUUCCGUGUGACCAUGGCCGCAAUCGACCCCAGCGCCGAGCCCGAGUUUGAAGACGCUGACGAUAAGCGACCGGCUCGAGCUACGCUCAAAGUCGUCCGCGUUCCCGAUCACUUGUUCGACGAUUCCGAUGAAGACUCUGAGGAUGAUGAAGACUACUUGAACGGUCUCGAGGAUGACGAGUCCUCGUCCGAUGACGACGAGGAAGCCAAUGGUGGCCCCAGUGAUAGAAAGUCCACGAAGCUGGCCUUGUUGGAGGCACUUGCCAAUGAAGAGGCUGAAGAUGAAGAUAUGGAAGACAACGAAGACAAUGAUGAAGAAGAUGACGACGAGGCAGACGAGAGGGCCAUUGCUCAACUGAAGGCACUCAUGAAAGCCUCCAAGGGCAAAGGCAAGGCCCUCGACGGAGACGAAGAUGAUGACGACGAGGAGGAUUCUGAAGACGAGGCUGUCGAGCUGGAUGAGGUUGUGGUCUGCACACUCGACCCGGAGAAGAACUACCAACAAACCCUUGACUUUGUCGUCGGCGAAGGCGAGAAGGUCUUCUUCAAGGUUUCGGGCACUCACACUAUCCACCUCACUGGCAACUACGUGAUCCCUCAAGACGAUGGCCAGGCCUCUCUAUACGAUGAAGACGAUGAAGAUGAGGAUGACUAUGACUUGUCCCCCGACGAGGACGAGCUCGACGCCUUCGAAGAUAGCGACGAGGAGUCCGAUGAGCUGGAUGACCUGGCAGACCCGCGUGUCACUGAAGUUGACUCGGAGGAUGAAAAGGCAGCAGCAUCUACAAAGAAUGUCAGCAAAGGCAAGAACAAGCGUCCGGCCGAAGACAGCGACGACGAGGAAGAUGAGGAAGCCAACCUUGACGACAUCAUGGCCAAGUCGCUGAAGAAGGGUGAAGCCGCCGCCAACGGCGAAGAGAAGAAGCUGAGCAAGGCGGAGAAGAAGCGGCUGAAGAAGCUCAAGAAGAACGACGGCGAAGCUGCUCCUGCUGGAACCACCGCGGCCGAGGCCGGCAAGAAAGAAGGCGCCCAAGCCAACGGCAGCUCGGAGAAGAAAGUCCAGUUCGCAAAGAACCUCGAACAGGGCCCGACCCCAUCGGGAACCUCGACAGCCAAGGCAGACAAAAAGACCGAGAAGGCGGGCGCAUCGACGGGGGUCAAGGAAGUCAACGGCGUGUCGAUUGACGUGCGCAAGGUCGGUACCGGCCCGGCGGCCAAGAAAGGCAACCGUCUGGAGAUGCGCUACAUCGGCAAGCUGGACAACGGCAAGGUCUUUGACAGCAACAAGGCCGGCAAGCCUUUCAGCUUCAAGCUCGGCGCCGGCGAGGUCAUCAAGGGCUGGGACAUUGGUCUGGAAGGCAUCCAGGUCGGCGGUGAGCGACGGCUGGUCAUUCCACCGAACCUGGCCUACGGAAGCAAGGCUCUGCCUGGCAUCCCCAAGAACAGCAAGCUGACCUUCGACAUCAAGUGCCUGAGUGUGAAAUGA